AUGCUCGGCAGCAGGCAAAAGGACUUCCAUCACCACCCCCCAUGGACUGGUGUCCCUUCUCCUUCGGAUUGGGGGUCGUAUGGCCAACAGCAGCUGAGGAACAACAACAUUCUCUUUGAUGGCUUUGCCGACUCCAUGCUCUCAGAUGACAUGAUGAAGCCUCCAAUCUCCUUCCCCAAUCUUAAAUCGACAUCAUCCUCAUCACAGGUGAAGCAGGAGGGUGAGCGGAGGGGUGACUCCAUCUCUGACUGCAACGAGGAUGACGACGAACAAAAGGGAAGGUCUGGAAGGAAACAUCAAUCUAAGAACCUGGUGGCUGAGAGGAAGAGAAGGAAGAAGCUCAAUGAAAGGCUCUAUGGCCUCCGCUCCCUCGUGCCCAAGAUCACCAAGAUGGACAGGGCAUCCAUCUUGGAUGAUGCCAUAGAGUAUGUAAAGGAGCUGCAGAUGCUAAUGAAGGCACUGCAGGAGGAGCUGGAUGUGACAACUGAGGAAGAGCAGCAGCAAGGGAACGGAGGCGAUGGUGGUGCUCCUCUGGCUACGACCCCUUCCUCUGAUAGCAACAACCAUGGCGACUUUAGCGUCAUGGGGGAGCGAGUUGAGGAAUCCUCAUCCUCAUCACCUGCUGUUCAGGUUGAGGUUAACCAAGUAGGCGCCCAUGAGUUCAACCUGAAGAUAUUUUGCGAGAAAAGCAGUGGUGGUUUUGCCAGGCUAAUGCAGGCCAUGGAUGCCUUGGGCCUCGAAGUAAUCCAUGUUAAUAUCACUACUUACAUGAGCCUCGUUCUUAAUGUCUUCAAAGUCGAGAUGAGGGAUAACGAAGCUAUACAGAUAGAGCAUGUGAGGGAUUCACUUCUGAAGCUCACCCGCAAUCCCAAUGGCUGGCCUUCCCCUGUACCGAAAUUGCAGCAUGUCCACUUGCGGGAGCUUCUGCCACCAAUCGGCGCCACCAACUUCUCCAGCACCCAUAUUUGA